ACAAGGAGAAAAAAAAGGUUGAGGAUUCAACUCAACUGUCGAUCGAUACGAUGAAUCGACCAGUGGCCAUCGAUUAUCCGACAGUUGCAUAAGGAGUCCGACAUGUCGUCCUGUUUGAUUCGUUUCAACUUCAUUGUAUUACAGAGUUAUUGCGCUGGGAUUUCUACCAUCUUCAGCUACUUCCCGUUCCUCUUUGAGAUUCUGUGUUCAAACAGAGAACGAGCAAGAUGAGCGGUGCUCAGGGAUCGCACUCCCUGGCCUUCAGGGUGAUGAGGCUUUGUAGGCCAUCAUUUCAAGUUGAUCCCCCUCUCCGCCUCGAUCCGGUCGAUUUAGUCGCCGGCGAGGACAUCUUGGACGAUCCUGUGGCUGCUUACCAGCUCCCUCGCCUCCUUGAAGCUCAGUUGUCCGACGAUUCCGACUCCGAUCUUAGCUACAGUUCCAGAUUCGUUCUUCAUGACUCCUCUGAUGCUAUGGGCCUCACUGGCCUCCUCGUACUUCCUCAAGCUUUUGGGGCAAUUUAUUUGGGCGAGACUUUCUGUAGCUAUAUAAGUGUGAAUAACAGCUCCAAUUUUGAAGUCAGGGACGUUAUAAUCAAGGCAGAAAUUCAAACGGAGAGGCAGAGAAUCCUUCUUUUGGAUUCAUCAAAAUCCCCUGUUGAAACUAUUCGUGCUGGGGGCCGUUAUGACUUCAUUGUCGAACACGAUGUGAAGGAACUCGGAGCUCAUACGCUGGUCUGCACUGCAUUGUACAAUGAUGGUGAUGGUGAGCGUAAAUAUCUACCACAGUUUUUCAAGUUCAUGGUUGCAAAUCCACUGUCGGUCAGAACAAAGGUCCGAGUAGUGAAGGAUAGUACAUUCUUAGAAGCUUGCAUUGAAAAUCAUACAAAAUCAAAUCUAUUUAUGGACCAAGUUGACUUUGAGCCUUCUCCAAACUGGAGUGCAGUGAUAAUAAAUGCUGACGAACAUCACUCUGAACCUAAAUCUACAACAAGAGAGGUCUUCAAGCCUCCUGUAUUGGUCAGAUCAGGUGGAGGAAUCCAUAAUUUUCUUUAUCAAUUGAAAUUUUCAACGCACGGUCCUUCUCCGCUGAAAGUUGAGGGAAGUAAUAUUCUUGGUAAACUUCAGAUAACAUGGCGUACAAAUAUGGGUGAACCGGGACGACUGCAAACACAACAGAUUUUGGGUUCUCCCAUUACUCGCAAGGAGCUUGAGUUGCAUGUUGUUGAGAUGCCAGAUGUUAUCAGAUUGGAGAGGCCUUUUACGUUACAUAUGCGUCUCACAACACAGAUUGAGAGGGAAUUGGGCCCUUUUGAGGUUUGGAUGUCACUAAACGGUUCAGAUGAAGAAAAGGUUGUUAUGGUUAAUGGUCUACAGACAAUGGUCAUACCAAGAGUUGAGCCAUAUGGUUCCACAGAUUUCCACCUGAACCUCAUUGCCAUUAAACCCGGAGUUCAGAGAAUCGCAGGCAUUAAAGUCUUUGACACUAGGGAGAAGAAAGCCUAUGACCACCCUUUGCCAGAUCUGGAGAGGGGACACGUAGAGGAUAUGUAAGGGCACAGUUAGAACACGCGGGAACCUGUUGUUGGAAGAAAAUAAGAAAGAGAUUAAGAAGUGAAGGGUUUUUUCUUUUCGGCUCUAGGAAUAUUUACAUCAACCGAUGUAAACUGAAUAAAGGAAAUUCUUUGAAACUAUAUAAGAGGACAUAGAACUUCUUUGAAACUAUAUACAGGAAAUAGAUAAACCUCAAUGAAGUGCAUGGGACUUGUAAGAAUAAUGUUUUGAGUUGCAAAUUUUCCUUCAGGAAAUUCUUUUUUGUUUUGUGGAACACAUGAAUUUCUUCUCUGGUUUGAAAGUAUCAUAUCCUUAAAGAAAUUUGUUAUACUUUAUGUUUAAAUUUGCUUAAAAUCUGAUAGCAGAGGAUAAAAAAUGGUGUAAAACUUAAAAGUAUAAAAAGUAAUUUUCAAUGAUAUAAUUUACUGAUCCUGUACUUGUUUAAAUGUUCUUACUUCUCAGGAAAUUACUUGCUCCAUAUUUCUGCUUCUUAGAGUGGAUCUCUAAGAUCGUUUGCAUAAUUUAGUGUUUGUGCCAGUACUAUAAUUUACAUAAUGUUCCAGAAUGUUUUGUGUUUUCCACUGCUUGGAUAGCUCAUAUAUAUGUAAAAAUAGGAAAAAAGAGAGGUAUGCUAUUGGCUAUUGCUGAGGUUUCAAUACAAUAGGUGGGAUCAUUGCUGGAAAGUUUUCCAGCCUAAUUCAUUUCCUCGUUUGAUUGAGAAACACUAUUUACAUUUUGAUCCUUCACUGCCAAAUUCAUGAAAUCCAUUUUUGG